AUGCGAGUGUUCAACUUUCUGGCGGUAUUGCCCAUGGUCCUUGCGAACCCUUUGAUUCAGAAGCGUACGACAGCAUGCAACAACUCUCCUGAUCUAUGCUCCAAGUCCUAUGGAGAAAUCACACAUCUCGGUGCCCACGACAGUCCUUUCGUGCGUGACGACAGUACCGGCAACUCGAUAGCGGCCAACCAGUACUACGACACUCCAACGCAGCUAUCAGCCGGUGUUCGAUUGGUAACAGCCCAAGUCCACAAGAGCAAUUCACAAUGGCGUUUAUGUCAUUCCAAUUGCGACCUGCUCGAUGCGGGGCUGCUGAGCGAUUGGCUGAAGAAGAUCAAGACGUGGCUGGAUGAGAAUCCAAACGAAGUGAUCACUAUUCUACUAGUCAACUCCGACGACGCCUCAGCCUCCGAUCUCAACACCGAAUUCACAACAGCCAACAUCACCGACUAUGCCUACAAGCCAACCACCCCGGGCACUGCCCCAACUACUUGGCCAACCCUACAAUCCAUGAUUGAUGACGGCAAGCGACUAGUCGUCUUUGUGGCCUCCCUUGACACCAGUGCCAGCUACCCCUACCUAAUGGACGAAUGGAGCUACAUCUGGGAAAAUCCAUACGACGUCAGCUCCGCGUCAAACUUCUCAUGCUUGCCGGACCGACCGUCGGCAUACAAAGACAACAGCGCAUCGGCACUAGCAGCGAACCUCCUCCCACUGAUGAACCACUUCCUUUACUCGAGCAACCUCGCCAUCAUAGACGUGGAGUACCCGAACGCCAGCUAUGUCGGUACGACAAACGGUGCGUCCGGCGGAACGGGCAACCUCGGUACUUCGGCUACAGAAUGCAAGAAGGCGUGGAAUGGGCGACAGCCAAGCUAUAUCAUGGUGGACUUCUUCAACCGCGGACCAGCGAUUGAUACCGUCGAUAAGUUGAAUAAUGUUACCAAUCCCGUUGGCCGUAAGUCUGUUUCUACUUCGGCGGAUGCGACCAGCGAUGCCUCCUCGACGAGUAAUGUGCUCAAGGCGCUGGUUGAGCUGGCAGAUUCAGCCAGGUCAGGCACGUCGGUGUCUAUGGGGAACUGGAUUUGGACUGGUGGGAACUGGGGAAAUCUUCUUGGUGGAGGAAUUUCUUUCUGA